GGUGGGAGCAGGAAGAGCAGCAGCUCCGGAGCUGCUGCUUUGCUUUCCUUGUUUUUCCCUCACAGACCUCGCUGCCUCUCCCAGCUCCCCCCUUGUAGCCUCUUUCCAGGAGUCCCUCUUUUGCUGCUCUGCUGGGAGGAAGGGGCACAGCCCUCUGUGUGUCAUUCUGCAUCAGGGAUGGAGGGAGGGACAGCUCUGCCCCCCUGGGCUGCCUCUGCUCUCCCUCCUUGCGUGUGGCUUUCGGGCGCUGGUUUUUGGGCUGGGCAGGGAUCGGCUCCAACACUUGUCUCAGGUCGUGGAGUGACUCUCGGCCCCUGACACUGUUUGCCAGUGUGGGUAAGGCCUCAGCAGAGCCAGGCUUAGCCUUGUGCUCCUGCCCUGCUGCAUCCCAGCUCUGUCUUCCCUCUGAUGGGAAGCAGGUAGCUUCCCUGGCUCUCUUGUCUCGUGUACCAGCAGCGUGUUGUCACAGCUGCCACGGCCCCAUCCGACUGCAGUCAGCAUGGAGGAGCAGGGUCUGCCUCCUGGUGCCAAGGCCCCUGCAUUGGCAGGCUGGGGCAGGGCUGGCUAACUCCCUGUUUGUCCCUGAACCGCAGGUCGGAGUGCCAGACGAGAGGGGCUGUGCGUCUCUGCUCCCUGCCUGGGGCCUGCCCUGCCCUCUGCCAGCGAUGGAGUACGUGGUAAGGACUUUGGUGGAGGACUAGGUGGCUUUGGUGGUGGAUCCUGCCUGCCCUCUCUCCCUGCUGGGAGGGCCCCAGCCUCCUCCCCAGGUCUCCACUGGCCGUCUCCCAACCCCUCCUCAGAGCGAAGGAGAGGUUAGAUGUAGUGUGCUGCAGCUGUGAUGUUUGGGGGGAAAAAAAUCAGCUGUUGCCUGGAUUUGAGAGUUUUCCUUUGCUUCCUCCCUGCCUUGGAGGCUUGAGUUUGGCUGUGGUUGGACAGAGGGGGGUCUCCUGCCCAGGGGUGAGGUUUGUACGUGCGGCCGCCUGCUCCUUGCUGCGAUUUCUUGCCAAACCAUUGGCAUGUUCCAGGUCUCUGACUCAGCUCCCAGUUUGUGUUUCCUGGGAGGAUGUUGGUAGUGGGGCCCUCUCUGCUUCUUUUCCUUGCCCUUGGCUGGAAGUCCCAGUCCCAGGUGCCUGAAAGUAGCCCGUGUCCUUCUGUUUCUCACAGUCCAAUGUCUUUUUGUGGUGGCAGGGCACACGGAGCAGCUUCCUUGGGGACAGUUGUUCCAGCUGCUCUGCCGGAGGGGCAGGAACUCCUGCUGCCUGCCUGGCAAGGGAUGGGGCUUGGGGCUGCCUGCUUGGGCAGGGGUAGGUUUUCUGUAUCUCCACACGCCUCCAGGUUUGCCUUCUGCACUGGGAGCCCACUGGGAGGGAGGGCUCUGAUGCCCUGGGGUGGGCUCUGGGGCUGAGGGACUGUGGUGGCAGCACUUCUGGUCUCCAAGGGCUGGGAGCAGCAAUGCACCUUGUCACAUCACCACAGGUGAUGUGGGCAGGCUGGCCUCAAAGGUCCUGAGAAAAUUGGGAAUUACUCCAGCUUAUAAAAGCAGAGGUGUGUCUGUGAGCAGGGGCUGUGGCUGUAGGGCUCAUCAACCCUUUGCUGCCUGGCAGGGAUGGUGGCUCCAGGCCCUGAGGUGGUUGGAAGGGGGCAAGGAGACACUCCUGCCCCCAGGCAGUUCCCUUCUGCUCUUAAUCCUGGCAGGCCCUGGAGUAGUGUCAGGGCCUGUGGAGCUGCUGUGCUGGGUGACCCCAGCCCCAUACCCACUAGUGGCCAGCCCCUUGUGGGCAGCCCCUGCUGCCCCCGCAGCCAUUUGACACCACCCAGCUGGGCUCCCCUGGCACCGGGGCUGUGCUGGCCCCUCACUGGGCGGGUGGCUUCCUGGCUCCCUGGCCCCAGGCUUCCUGCUUUUCUUUAGAGCAGUGGCGCUGCUGGCCACGGGAAGGUCACAGCGCCGGCCAGGGGCCCCUGGUGGGGAUGAGCACUGUGUGGGACGGCCGGCAUGGGCUCCCUGUGCCCACGGGACCCCCAGGCUGAGGUGGGGGCCGGCAUUUGCAGAGUUGGUGUUCGUGGCCCAGGAAUGCUGCUGUGACAGGCCCACUGUCAGGAGCCAUAGGCCCUUGCAUCAUGCAGGAGGCAAUUUCCAGCUGCAUCCUGGCUUUUCCCUGUCCCUGUGGCAGUGUGCCAGGCUUUGGGAAGUGGGGCAGAGCAGCUGCCGGUGCUGAGCAGUGCUGGGCGAGGGCUCCAAAGCCAGGAGAGCCCUUCCCUUGGCCUGGAUUUACCCGGUUUUAGUUUGGUGGCCGUUUUACAGAGCACGUAGUGGUUGGAAAGGCUCUGGCCAGUGGUGUGUCAGGGGUUGGUUCUGCCUGAAAUCGCUACCUCAUCCCACAGGUGGUGGAGGGGGAAGAGCUCUUAUUCCUCGGUGGGGCCAAGGCUGUAGAGGACAGCACGGCCAGGCUGACCCAAGUUCCUGCUGCACACGAGUACCCCAAAGAUGGGGGAACAGGGAAGACCUGCCCUUGAGCCCUCUGAUCCACAGGUGGGAGCCCUGCCUGGCUCCCCGUGGCUGAAGGGGCCAAUUUUUGCCCCUUGGCAUGCUCCUGCUAGCUCCGCCUGUGACCUUGAUUUUUCUGCUCCAGAUAGGCGCUGGGUCCCCACCCCUCGCCGGGAGCCCCUCCCGCGCUGUGCCCCAGCCCCAGCGCAGCCCCCGCCGCGGGCACAGCCUGCCCUGCUGCCCGUGAGUCAGCACAGCCCUUCCAAUCAGCCGCAGCCCUCUCUUCUCCUCUCCCGGGAGGAGCCGCCGGGAUGUGGGAAGCAGCAGCAGCAGCAAUGAGCUGCAGCCUCUCCCUCCAGCUCCCCACCACGGCUGGGGGUCCGUGCUGAGACGCUGCCUCGCCCGGGGCGCAGCCCACCUGUAUUCUGCACCUGGCCGGCCCUCUAGGCGAGAUCCGUGCUCUCUCAGGACUGGAUGUCCCCAGCAUUCCAGGCAGCUGCAAGCACUGGUGUCCUCUCAGCAUCGCUGCUCCCCCCUGGCAGAGCCCGGCGAGCCAACGGCGGCUGCUCGCCGCCGGCACGUGGGUUUGCGUGGCGCUGGCCGCCACAGAAGGACCUUUUUCUUCCCUCCUGGAUGGUGCUCGGAGCGGGGCUGGGCUGGGCUUGGAUGUACUCUGUGGCAGCCUUGUCUCCAGGCUUUAAAUAUUCAUGCCUUUGAUUUCCUCUUAGCGGGCCGGCAAGCGGGUAGCUGAGGGGCCGGAGUGAGCGGCCGGGGCAGAGGGCGGCUGUGCCGGACCGAGCAGGGCAGAGGGAGCUGGAUCCGGCCCCUGCAUGAAGACAAUGGGAUUUGCUGCCGGCCUGGUGCUGGAGUGGCAAGGGGCUUGAGGACCUGCAGGCUGGGGACAGAGCGUUCUGAACUCCCCUUCCCGUGCCAGCGGCUCCCCGGGGGCAUUGCUGCGGCCCCGUUUCCUCCCUGCUGAGCAGAUCCGCUCGUCCUCGCUGACGCCGAUCGCGAUCGAUAGGCUGUGCCUGCGCCAGGCAGCCCCUGGUCCCGCUGCCCAGCGCCCCGGGCCCUGCUCUCCCUGCCAGCCAUGCCGGGCUGGUGUGGACUUGGCGUGGAGCUCAGCCGAGGCUUCUGCUUGGGGGCAGCUUCCCGGGGGCUGCAGGCACUCAGACUCUCCGUGGGGCCCCUGUGAGGUCCAGCUGGCUGCCUCCACCCCGCUGCCACUCUGGACAGGGCGGCCCUGGCCCUUCUCACCUCUCUCCGCCAUGGAUCUCCUGCAAAAGAGCAAAUACAGCCACCUGCGAAAUGAGUCUGUCUCCUCUCUGGAGGAGGCCGUGGGGGGCCCAGGGGACCCGUCCUCCCCUGUGGAGUCCCUUGCAAGCACGCAGUCUCUGCCUGGCUCCCUGUCUUCCUCCUCCUCCCUUGGUGCCGCGGCGCCUCUUGGGGAGCUCUUACCUGAGUCGGAGGACAGCCCUACCACCCUCUGCUCCUUCUUCCCCAAAAUGGCCAAUCUGAAGCUCUCCAAUCCUGCCAACCUGCUCAGCUUGCGGGGCUCUUCAGCUGGCAGCAUCCCAGGGGAACCCGGGACCCCUGGGUUGCUGGCAUCAGUGCCAGGGGGUGCUGCCAGCUCCGGCUCAGCAAGGCCUGUCACUGUCUGUUCCCAGGAUAUGAACAAGCUGAGCUGUGGGAAGAAGACGCGUGUGGAAGGCGGCCAGCUGGGGGGUGACGAAUGGACCCGCCACGGCAGCUUUGUCAAUAAACCCACCCGUGGCUGGCUGCACCCUGAUGACAAGGUCAUGGGCCCCGGGGUCUCCUACCACGUCCGGUACAUGGGCUGUGUGGAAGUGCUCCAGUCCAUGAGGGCUUUGGAUUUCAACACCAGGACACAGGUCACCAGAGAGGCCAUUGGGUUGGUGUGUGAGGCUGUGCCCAGUGCCAAGGGAGCCGUGAGAAGGAGGAAGCCCUGUGGCCGCUCCCUGAACUCCAUCCUGGGCAAGAGCAACCUGAAGUUUGCUGGCAUGCCCAUCACCCUGACCAUCUCCACCAGCAGCCUCAACCUCAUGGCCUCAGACUGCAAGCAGAUCAUUGCCAACCACCACAUGCAGUCCAUAUCCUUCGCAUCUGGGGGAGACCCGGACACAGCUGAGUAUGUCGCCUAUGUUGCCAAAGACCCCGUCAAUCAGAGAGCCUGCCAUAUCCUGGAGUGUCCUGAGGGCUUGGCGCAGGACGUGAUCAGCACCAUCGGUCAGGCCUUCGAGCUGCGCUUCAAGCAGUACCUGAAGAACCCCCCAAAGCUGGUGACCCCUCACGACAGGAUGGCAGGGUUUGAUGGCUCUGCCUGGGAUGAAGAAGAGGAGGAACCAGCCCCGGAUCACCAGUACUACAAUGACUUCCCUGGCAAGGAGCCUCCCAUUGGGGGGGUUGUGGACAUGCGGCUGCGGGAUGGGGCCGCUCAGACCCCAAAUCACUUGGGGGCCACGCUGCCUGUGGGCCAGUCCAGUGGGGAGCAUGACCCCCAGAAGCAGCACACUCCUGCCCAAGCAGGGAGAGAGAAAUACCCAGCUCCAGCGGGCACAUCUGGCCGCGUGGACCUGUUUGAUGACCCAUCCUAUGUCAACGUGCAGAACGUGGACAAGACACGCCAGGCCCCAGCCACGGGCACCACAACCACAGCCAAUGGCAGCACACAGAGGGACCUCUUCGACAUGAAGCCCUUUGAAGAUGCCCUGCGUGUACCCCCGUCCGUGCCCAUGGGGCUGCCCCCUGCCCAGGUGGUGGCCUCCAUGGAGGAGCAGCUGAGAAGAGAGCCCUGGUACCACGGGAAGAUGAACCGCAAAGAGGCCGAGAAGCUGCUGAAGGUGAACGGAGACUUCCUGGUGCGGGAGAGCACCACCACACCGGGCCAGUACGUGUUGACUGGCCUGCAGGGUGGGCAGCCCAAGCAUCUGCUGCUUGUCGAUCCUGAGGGAGUGGUGCGGACAAAGGACCAUCGCUUCGAGAGCGUCAGCCACCUCAUCAGCUACCACAUGGACAAUCACCUGCCCAUCAUCUCAGCUGGCAGUGAGAUGUGCUUGCAGCAGCCGGUGGAGAAGAGACUGUGAGCGCCCGGUGGGCCCCGUGCGCAGCCCCCCCCAGUGCACAGCCCUCUGGCCCUGUUCCCUGCCCCAGGGAGCCCUCAGACUGCUGGGUGCUCUGCCCGGGACUGAGCAUGGACUUGGCUGAGGACAGGGCCUGUCUCCCUUCACCCCGUGAGACUGGUGGCCAUGGGGGGGGGCUCAGGCUGUGAGCGCCUGUGGGAUGGGGGCUGCUGUUGCACAGCCCCUGCCCCUCCACAGCCCCUUUGCACAGCAGCUCAGCUCCCACCAAAACCCAGCCCUGCUGCUGUGCCAUGGCCACUCUGGUGCUCUCCAGCACGGGCUUGGGUCUGGCAGGUCUGAGCCCCCCUGAGCUGGAGGCAGCCUGGCCUUGUCUCUGGCCCCUGGGCCAAGGAAGGGGGCCCAUGGGGGGCUCGACUCCCCCAAGCACGAGGCCCAGCUGGCCCCACAGCGACUGUACCGGAUCACUUUACGUGUUAACUCUGUGCCUUGACCCCGCAGGUCCCACACACUUAUGCAAGGGCAGGGGCUGGGGACAGAGUCCCCCCCACUCCCCCCGCUCCCAUCCCCCCUCCGUGCCGUGCUCAUGCUCCAGGACUUGUGCCACGACAUCCCCUCCCUGCACGGGCGGCUCUGGCAGCCUCGGAGGGGUGGCGGGAGGACCCCCCUGCAUGCACAGCCUAACUCCCCUCCAAGCCAAAGCACGGCCCUGCCCUCCUCGCAGUCCGGGGCCCCCUGGCCCCACUAUACCAAAGGAACUGGUGGUUGUAUAUUAAAGUUGGUUUUUCUCUAG